AUGCAGAAUCCGUUUAUCGAUGAACUUGACGAAAUAAACUUAAAGCAAUACUCUAAUUUUAUAUGUUCUUACUUCUACUCUGUCGACGCAGGUUUUUGGAGCUUAAGACAUUAUAUUGAUUGGAUCUGUAAGAAUGAGAAGGAAUUACCGCAAUGGGAAACGUGUUUAGACAACUUUUAUAACUCGUUAGAUUUUGUAAAUUCGCGUAGAGGAGUAUCCAUAUACAUUCGCACUUGUGCUAGGAGAAAUCUUGAUAAUAAAGAGCUUCCCGAGAUUGAAGCAAUUAUGAAAGAACUCCAGGAACCAUAUGAAAGAGUAUAUAAUGGAAAAUAUGGUGGAUCUAUGUAUAAGACUGCGGUUCAAGUGCAAAAGGAAGAGGAAGUCUUUGCUUUGGAAAGUGCAAAAAUGCGCGAAAAAAAUGGAAAGAGGAAAAAUGAGGAAUAUUUAGAUGAUGAAUUCGCAGAAAGCCUUGGAAUUUUAUUCGAAGAAUCUAAUGAAGAAAUAUUAAUGGACAAUAUAGAUGAAAAAACGCUCAAAGAAGAAAUUAAGUUGCCAUUGGCAAGCGGUAUUUCCUCUAAGGAUCCGUUAAAGCAUAAACUUUCUUCUGAUAUUGACGUUUCUGAAGCUUUCCACAGCUAUCAGGCCAAAAUCCCCAAGUGCCGUAAGGUCUCGACACCUGCGUAUUGGGGUAUUCUCGAUUUGACGAACGAAAGCCUGCACGGAUGUAAAUAUUUUACAGAAAUCGACAUGAAGGAGUUGAAUCAAGAAUUCUCGAAUUGUAUUGGAUGGAUUGAUACACCUGCUGAAGAAAGUCUUCAGCAAUACUUCGAUAAUAACUGUCAAAGAAAUUAUGAUAAAAAAUUUGAAAAGUUAGAUGCCAAUAUACAAUUUAUAAAGAAUAAUAUGUGUUCCUUCCAGGGAACAUUGACGGAAGAAGAACUCAAAAUGAGCUCAUCGUUUCCUUUAUUUCGAGGCAUUUUUACGUCCGAUCACAUAAAAGAUGUUUGGGGAGAGACACAAGCUCUGGCGACGAACGAUGCUCGAAAUGAAAAGCAAAACCCAUUCCAAAGGGCCCGUAUUGGGAGAAAAGUUGACAUGAAGUGUGUUCUGGUCAAGACACUAAAUAAGUUUGAAGUUGUAUACGGGGAAGUUUCGGGAGGAUUAGGUCCAUUUGGACCUUCAGCUCAUCGCAAGAAACGAUUCCUUGAUAAAGUAAAGCUAAUGGUCACAAUGCGGGAUAGUCUCAAUAAUUUACUAAAGAAGUACAAACACACCUCGGACAAGCAACGCAUGGACAUAAUCGUCUAUGGCUGGCUUCAAGUCGGAAUGGAACUUAGCUUCUACGCUUUAGACUGGAUUGGAGAUGGUGUAUACAGGUUCGGAUUACUCGACCAGUGUAUUAUACCUUCGGACAAAAAUGAUUGUAAUAUGAUCGAAGAUGCUUAUUGUGUCAUUAAAACACUUGAGAUUAAAUUGCUACAAACUGAAACGGCG